UAACAUUCUUUCAAGUCAAGUUGUUCUUUCCUUCGAAGCCGGUAAAGGAUGCACUGCCUACUUGUGUUGGCUGCUGUGUUGGGCGUCGCCAGUGCCGGUGUGGUUAAGAGACAAGUCCAGAGUCCGGGUGUGUUCAGCGCUUUGGAUCGACUGCGCGGCAAGAGCAAACUGAGCAAUGACGACAUUCGCAGUCUGGUACUGACGGCAAAGCCCGGUCAAGAUUAUCCCGAUCUUACCAGUAUUCCGGAAUCCACAUUCGACUGCAACGCCCACAAACCCGGCUUCUAUGCUGAUGUUUCUCAACGCUGCCAAGUUGUUCGCCGCUGCGACGUCAACGGCAACCAGACCUCCUUCCUGUGCCCCAGCAUGACCGUCUUCAACCAGAUCACCCUAGUCUGUCACUGGUUUUGGGAUGUUGACUGCAGCCUGUCCGAGACGUUCUACGAUUACUCCAACAGCCGGCUGUACCAGGAGAAUGCUGUCCUGUUGGACAAUGAGACCACCUACCAGGAGACGGCCGCUGCUAUUUCCGCUACAACCACGGCUGUCGCCCCUAAAGCCGCCGUCCCUAAAGCUGCUGCCCCAAAACCUAAAACCGCGGCUAAGACUGGUCCCAAGAGCCUCGCCCUAAAGCAAUUCUAAAACAUUAAACGAACAUCUGAAUAUGAGGCUACUGCAAAACCGACAUCGUUGCGCGGUCGUUUAAGUCUAGUCAAAGUGUGAUGUAUGCAUGUAUACUUCAGUAUAAAGAAGUACGACUUUAAAGAAGUAUG